AUGGCUCGGUGCACUCGGAGCUGGAGGCCUAACGUCGCUCGAACCACGUGGGCCGGGGCGGGGCGGGGCGGUGCCCCGGAAGCAGACGCCUCCAGAUCCCGGAAGCGCGCGCCCGGGCGGGGGAUGGCGGCGGUGCGGGGCCUGGGGCUGCGAACGGCGGGGCUGGGGCCGCGGGCGGCGGGCGCGGGGCCGGUGAGCGGAGCGGGGCGGCCGGGCUUGGGGCGCGCGCCCGGGCUGGACGAGCUCAGCCGGCCCCUGGCGUCUCCGCAGGCUCCGGCCCGCGCCGUCCGGAGGCGCGUCCUUGGGGUCAUCUCGCGCCCAGGGUUGGUCUGGAGGCCCAGCAGGUGUGGCAGCUCUUCAGCCGAAGCAAGUGCCUCAAAAACGGAAGACAACUCCUUUCUCCAGUGGUUUCUGUUUCUCAUACCUGUGACUGCCUUUGGCCUGGGGACGUGGCAGGUCCAGCGCCGGAAGUGGAAGCUACAGCUGAUCGCAGAACUAGAGUCUAGAGUUACGGCCGAGCCCAUCCCGCUGCCUGCAGACCCGAUGGAACUGAAGAACCUGGAGUACAGGCCAGUGAAGGUCAGGGGGCACUUCGACCACUCUAAGGAGCUGCACGUGAUGCCGCGGACCGCGGUGGGCGGGGCCGGGUUCUCGGGGGCGGCCGCCAGCGGUGCCCACGUGGUCACCCCCUUCCGCUGCGCUGACCUGGGAGUCACCAUCCUGGUAAACAGAGGGUUUGUGCCCAGGAAGAAAGUGAAUCCAGAUACGCGGCGCGAAGGCCAGGUUGAGGGAGAAGUGGACCUAGUCGGGAUGGUGAGGCUGUCGGAGACCAGGAAGCCCUUUGUUCCCGAGAAUGAUCCCGAGAGGAACCACUGGCAUUACCGGGACCUGGAGGCCAUGGCCAGGCUCACAGGCGCAGAGCCCAUCUUCAUAGAUGCCGACUUCAAGAGCACAGUCCCCGGAGGACCCAUCGGAGGGCAAACCAGAGUCACCCUGAGGAACGAGCACAUGCAGUACAUCAUCACCUGGUAUGGACUCGCUGUGGCCACCUCGUACCUGUGGUUUAAGAAAUUCCUAAGCCGGACUCGUGGUGUGUGACGAGGUUGGCGGAUGCAGCCCUGUCCCUGAACAGCCGAAGCCACUUCAAGAAGUUCGACUUUAGGCUGAUAACGUGUUAUUGGCAUAAAUAAAUCUC